UGCAGUCUCAAGUGUACGCUUUCCACUGCUCUCUGCAGAUCUCAUUCUCUUUCUUCGGAACCUUCCAGAAAUGCAGCCUCUCCGGCCGGCGAAUCUUGCGCCCCUAGCGGCAGCGCUACUCCUCUUAGCCGCCGCCACAACCCAUGCACACAACAUUACCCGUAUUUUGGAGAAGCACCCCGACUUCUCCACCUUCAACAAGUACCUAACACUAACUCACCUUGCGCCGGAGAUCAACCGGCGAAUCACCAUAACCGUGUGCGCCAUCGACAACAGCGCCAUGAAUGAGCUGCUCUCGAAGCACCCUUCCAUCUACACUCUGAAGAACAUCCUGUCCCUCCACGUCCUCCUCGACUACUUCGGCGCCAAGAAGCUCCACCAGAUCACCAACGGCACCGCCCUCGCCGCCACCAUGUUUCAGGCCACCGGAACCGCCCCCGGCUCCACGGGAUUCGUCAACAUCACCGACCUCCGCGGCGGAAAGGUGGGCUUCGGCGCCGAGAAUAACGGCGGGGCCCUCUCCGCAUUCUUCGUGAAAUCGUUGGAGGAAAUCCCUUACAACAUAUCGAUAAUACAGAUCAGCAAGCCACUCCCCUCGGCUGCAGCAGAAGCCCCUACACCCGCACCCAGCAAGCAAAAUCUCACUUCCAUAAUGUCCCGCCAUGGCUGCAAGGUCUUCGCCGACACCCUCUCUGCCUCCCCCGACGCUAUGUCCACCUUUUCUGACAAUGUGGAUGGCGGACUCACCGUCUUCUGCCCCAUGGAUGACGCCUUUAAGGCGUUCCUACCCAAGUAUAAGAACCUAACUGCAGCUGGGAAGGCGUCGUUGCUGGAGUACCAUGCUACGCCUGUUUAUCAGAGCAUGGCUAUGUUGAAGUCAAACAAUGGUUUGAUGAACACGCUUGCUACCGAUGGAGCCAGCAAGUUCGACUUCACCGUGCAGAAUGACGGUGAUCAAGUCACGCUCAAGACCAAGAUUGUUACUGCCAAGAUCACUGGCACGCUCAUUGACGAGGAUCCGCUCGCGAUCUACACCAUUGAUAAGGUUCUGCUUCCCAGGGAGCUUUUCAAGGCCCUGGCUCCGUCUCCUUCGCCCUCGCCCGCACCGGAGCCAGCCGCCGCCGACGCUCCUGCAUCCCCGAAGAAAGGGGGAAAGAAGAAGAAGCAGAAGGCAGCCGACGCACCGGCAGAUGAGGAAUCAGCGCCUGCGGAUUCGCCCAGUGAUGCCGCCGAUGAGAGCGCUGACGACGGUAACGGCGCUGUUAGGUUUGACGGCGUCAUCUUCGUGGUUAUGGCUUUGUGCUUUGGGUUUUCCUUGCUGUAAACUGUGAGUUCUGUAAUAAAAAGACAAAAGAGAAAAAGAAAAAGAAAAAAGUUUCUUAAAUUAUAUGUGUUGCUUUAAUAUUUUUCUUACAAGAAAAAGAGAAAUUUUUAGCCAUUUUUUGUUAUAGUUAGGAAAUAAAGGGAAUUUGAAAUGCUGUUUCCUUUAUUACUGUAUUUUUAUUCGGUGUCUUUUGUAGUGUGUGUAUUUUUAGCUGAUUAUUACCAUUGUAGUUUUCUAUUUGUUGCUGAUGUAAUUUAUUUUUGGUGGUGUAUGAUUUGAAUGUAAGCAAAUGUGUAAGUGAGCUGUGAAGCUGAAAAUUGAGUUUGUGUACCCAUUCAAUUUU